AUGACUGCCGCCGAGUCUGUGAAGAGUGCCGUUGGGCUUGCGGAUAGCACCGCUGCCUCCCGCCAGGAAAUGUCGGAUGCUCGUCUUCCCCUCCAAUACCGCGACUCUUGCGCAGGCCUCCUGAUCCCAUUGAACCGCUGCCGCCAGCAAGAAUACUACCUUCCCUGGAAGUGCGAGGACGAGAGACACAGCUACGAGAAGUGCCAAUACGAGGAGUUCAAGAAGCGUGUUGCUAAGAUGGAAGAGCUCCGCGCCGCUAAGGGUGGUGCCCGGAGCAACUAA